AUGGCCAAGGUAGCAGCUGAGGCAAAGUCAUCUGCUUGGACUGAAGAAGCUAGGUACCAAUUCCUACUUCGAAUCAUUGGCCAACUGCAACGCAACGGCCAAAGCAUCAAGUGGGACGAGAUCAACAUACCAGGUCGUACACAGAAGUCGCUCCAGCACCAGUGGGCGAAGAUCAAGUCUCAGGUUGCAGAGUUGGAGAAGGCCGCUGGUCAGCCCAGUGAUCCCAGCACGCCCACCAAGGCCAAAGCAUUUCCUAACAACUCGCCUACUACAAAGGAAGAGUUCGAUGAGGACGAUUAA